AUGGACUAUGGAAACUUACCAUCACACAUUCUCUUUGCUCUUAGUACUGUGGUCAUCCGGUAUAAGGAGGCUGGAAAUAGCUCUGUAGUAAGAGAAACUCCAAUGGAAGGUGGAAAAGGAUGCGAAAAUAUUUCAAGUCAUUCAAAGGCAGAUGGGUCAUCACCAGGGCUAUCACCAAGAAAGCCUUCUCACCCAGUCAUGGAUUUUUUUUCAGUUCAUCUUUUAGGUGACUCUUCUUCACCAGCAACCAAUUCUACCCAUACAGAUCCCCAUGAAAUAAUUGUAGGUGUUUGCUUUGUUUCUGAUGAAAACCUUCAGAAGAUGGAAAAGGUCCUCAAUCUUUGGAGUUCCGGUCUUAAGGUAAACAUUAUAUCUGAACUAAGCAAAUGGAGACUUAAUUUUAUUGACUGGCACCAAAUGGAAAUGAAAAAAGAGAAGGAAAAACAUGCAGCACAUGUAAAGCAACUGUGCAGCCAGAUCAAUGACUUGAAGGAGCUGCAGAAAGCCUUUGAAAUUUCCAUUAGGAGAAAAGAUGAGGUGAUUUCCAGCUUGUCUCAUGCCAUCAGCAAACAAAAGGAAAGGAUAGAGUUGAUGCAAACAUUCUUCCACUGGCAGAUUGGCCAUGUCAAAUCCAGACAGAAUGUUUAUGAAGGUAAACUAGCUGACCAGUACUUCCAGAGAACAUUACUGAAGAAAGUCUGGAAGGGCUGGCAUUCUCUCAUACAAAGGCAGUGGAAAGAAGUGGUAGAGCGAGCUUGUCAAGCAAGAGCUGAAGAAGUUUGCAUCCAGAUUUCCAAUGAUUAUGAGACCAAAGUUGCUAUGUUAUCUGGUGCUUUGGAAAAUGCAAAAGCCAAGAUUCAGAAAAUGCAAAAAGAGAAAGAACACUUUGAAGAUUCCAUGAAGAAAGCAUUCAUGAGGGUAUGUGCAUUAAAUCUAGAAGUCAUGACUAUAUUUCAGAACAGAAAUGAUGCGGGGACCAAUUUCACAAAUAAUAAAAAGGAAGAGUAUGGCGCUGGUGUUCAGGGAAGAGAGCACUCUGACCACUUGGACCCUUCAGUGGCCCAGAUGCCCUCGGUGCUGCCCGGACAGCUGCUGCCAUCCCCACCCAUAGGGGCGGUUGGAGUCCCCAGCGCCACCUAUGUGCCCUCUGCUGCUUUAGCUUCCUUGACAUCUGCCGGGGCUGUGUCUGCGCCCUCUGUUGGCACUCGCGUUCCCGCCUCAGCUCUUACAGGAUCUGCAUCUACUGCUGAAGAAAUGGUGAGUGUGAUUUGUGUGAUUGCUGCUAUGCUAUGA